UUCUCUGGGAAUGAUGUCUGUUCUGCUUUCGUUAUCUCUGUUCGCUUUGGUGAUCUGUCAUAAGGGAUCGGCCCAGCUCCUAGAUGACAAAUGCGAGAAGGGAUUUGAUUUAAAUGAAUUCAAAACACCAUGGAUGGCAACCGUGUACAAUCAAAAUGAAUUUAUUUGCGCUGGAACUCUUGUGCACAGACUCUUUGUCCUAACGGCUGCAAGUUGCAUGACAGAAAGAAGUCAACUAUUCGUUCGUUUGGGGGAGUACGAUUGCGCUCGAUCGCAUUGCAACAACGUUGAACAAUAUGGUGUGGCCAUGGCGAUUCAACAUCGCGAUUACAAUCCGUACACCGCCACAAACAAUAUAGGUCUGCUAAAACUGCGCGGUGAAGUUGUGUAUACUGCGCGCAUCCACCCGAUCUGCAUAGUUUUGCUUAACGACAUCAGUUCUUGGCCAAUCAAAAGUUUCAGGGCCUUUGGCUGGAGUCAAAGGCAAACACUGCAGGCCGUGGUUCUGUCCCAUAGGAGUCCAGUCGAGUGUUACCAAAAUGGCAAGAUGAUGCACGACAUCGAUAAACAGAUCUGCGCCGGAAACUUUGAAGCCAACACCUGCUUGGAAAACUCCGGCGGACCGCUGGCGUCUGAUUUAGAUUUCUUCGGAGAAAAGCUCACCGUACAGUUUGGUAUCGUAAGCAAUGCCAGUGAACUGUGCAAUUCCGCAAGCCUCCACACAGAUGUUACGGCCUACAGAAACUGGAUAUAUAAUACUGUGCGCAAACUCGAAACCCAAGGGGAUAGGGUUUUGUGCGAAGAGUGCAGCAGCAAUUGGACUGAAGAUGUUUUUGUUCGCCUUUGGGAGGUGUCUCUGUUUCAAAGUACUUUCACUGGUGUGCUUAUCACAAACCGAUUUGUCGUGACUGUUGCAAGUGCCUUUGUCACAGGUUACACUCCUGUAAAGGUCGAAACAAAAUAUCAUGAGCGCCUUGACGUUGAAUCAAUUCACAAGCAUCCCCAGUUUAAAUAUUCAGCAGGAUCAACCAAAAACGAUAUUGCUUUGCUUAAAUUAGCUCAGAUAGUGCCAAACUCAGAUCUUGUGAAGCCGAUCUGCAUUGUCCUGAACCCCAAAACUCCCAGGACGUUGACUGCCCUUGUCGAUGUGGUCACGGAAGAUUUUAUGGGCGUUAGAUAUGUAAAUUUGAACCCCAUCGAUCAUUCUGCUUGCUCCCAAAAGAUUGAAGAACCAGUAGAACCCAGUCAAUUUUGUGUCGAGAAACCUAGCGAUUUUGUUUACGAGUCUCCCGGUUCAAUAUUGGGUUCGUUUCAUAAUGUCAGCGGUACCGACAAAUACCUUCUUUUCGGCAUAAAAAGCUUUGACAAGCGUGGUGUAAUUGUCUAUACAAAUAUUCAACGUUACGCCGAUUGGUUAGUGGAUACAGUUAAUUGUGACUAGUUUAUUUUGUUAUAACUGUAACUGUGUUAGUUCAAUACUAAUAUGAGUUAUAAAAAUGAGGAGCAUA